UCUCUCUCUCUCGCUCUCUCUCUCUCGCUCUCUCUCUCUCUCUCUCUCUCGCUCUCUCUCUCUCGCUCUCUCUCUCUCUCUCUCUCUCGCGCGCUCUCUCUCUCGCGCGCUCUCUCUCUCGGAGUUACGGCAGAGCGGUGGAUGAGGUGAGGAUGGAGUUUGUUCAGACAGGAGACCUGAGGGAAUGCAGGAUGUGGACACGAGCAGCCCACACUGCCUGACUGCCUGCAGUGUGUGUGUGUGUGUGUGUGUGUGUGUGUGUGUGUGCACGUGCGAGAUGUCUGGCGGUGGUGAAUGGGUACGGUGGCUGCAGCUGUCGGUGUACGUGCCGGUUCUGGUGGCAGGUGUUCCGCUGAACCUGGCGACGCUGUGGAAGCUGCGGAGCGUCCGGCGCUGGCGCGAGUCGACCGUCUACCUGCUGAACCUGGUGAUCAGCGACACGCUGCUGCUGUUCUCUCUGCCCUUCAAGAUCCACGCCUACGAGCGGAACUGGGAACUCGGACGCACCUUCUGCUCGCUGCUGGAGAGCCUGGUGUACGUUAACGUGUACGGUAGCAUCCUGCUGUGCGUGUGCAUCGCUGCCGACCGAUACGUCGCCCUGAGGUUUGCGUUUGCGGCGCGGCACCUUCGCUCGCCGCUGAAGGCCUCCCUGGUCUGCCUGUUGAUCUGGGUGCUGGUGUUCUCCUGCAGCUAUCCGGUUUAUGAACUGCACCACAGCAACGCCACGUCCGGCAAUUCCAACGGGACAUCCGACCACUGCUUUCAGAAUUUCUCCAAUGUCACCUGGAAUAAGUGGAAAAUUGUGGUCGCCAUGGAGACGGUGUUCUGCAGCAGCGCAUUGGCCAUGGUGUUCUUCUCUGUGCAGGUGGUCAGGGUACUGCGGGAGCUCCGCAGGAGAAACCCGGGCGACCCCAAGCUGCGCAACAACAAAAGUGUGAAGAUCGUCCUCAGCAACAUGCUGGUGUUCCUAGUGUGCUUCAUCCCCUACCACAUCGCAGCACUGUUGUACUUCUCCUAUAAAAAAGGGGCGUGGCAGGGGGCGGGGCCAAGUCUUCGCAAUUUUGUGCACAGUAGUCUGUGCCUGAGCAGCGUGAACUGUCUUGCCGACGGUGCGUGCUACUACUUCAUCCUAAAGGAGAACCUGCACACCGCGAAGCUGGAGCGCCGCGCCACCAUACACACCGUACACACUCACGGUGACCUGGGGCACUCCUUCACACACAGACUCCCCGGACAGAUGCCGGAGGAGGACGGCGGCGUUCAGAGGGAAAAGAACGAAUCUAAACGUCUCCAUAGCGAAGAACAAACGAUGAUGAACUUUAGAAGCCUUUGGUCUAAGAAGAGAAGCUAUAGCUUUACAUGACCACAAGGGGGCUCAGUACUGUUCCAUACUGGGACCAAUACUAGAUUGAUUAGUGUGAUCAGGUUGGGGGUCGGGAGUCCUGCCGUACCCGUAUUUCUGUUCAUCUAAAACAUGUACCUCAUACAUGCAAAUAAGCUCUGAUUUGAAUGGGUGGGGCUAAUCUGCUGUAGGCUGAAUAGGUGGAGCUAAUCUGUUCUAGGAUGAAUGGGCGGAGCUAAUCUGCUGUAGGCUGAAUGGGUGGAGCUGCUGAUGUGUAAAGGUUGAAGGCUGUAAUAAUUUUUUUUUUCUCAUCACAGUUUGGAUUACAUAUUAAUUACAGGGGAUUAAUUAUUUUGAGCAAUUUCAAACUAUUUUUGUCUGUAUCAGUUAAAUUUACAAACUGAAUUAAUAUAUUUGAUAAUGUGUGAA